CCAGUCGAUACACGCACUUGGACCUUUACGUAAUGUAUUUGUGAGGACACACAUAUAAACCACAAGGGCUUCUCUGAUUGGACAACUGGAACUGAACCCUAUACGCCAAUAGCGUGGCUCGUCCUGCAGUAAAGCCUGUCCUCUGGUGAGCAGUGCUCCAAUCCUGGAGAGGAACAACGCACACUUAUUUGCAUAGCUACGUUAUAAAUAGAGGGCUGUGGACGCUGCUAGACGAGCCGUGUUUAAUCUUCCUGCCUUCACACUAUCGUCAACAGGAGAGACAAAAUGCCUGAUCCUGCAAAUCAGCCCAGCGCCGAGAAAAGGCUCCAAAAGGCCGUGACCAAAACCCAGAAGAAAGGACAAAAGCGCCGCAAGACCAGGAAAGAGAGCUACGCUAUUUACGUGUACAAGGUGCUGAAGCAGGUGCACCCAGAUACGGGCAUCUCCUCCAAAGCCAUGGGCAUCAUGAAUUCGUUCGUCAACGACAUCUUCGAGCGCAUCGCCGGUGAGGCCUCCCGCCUGGCUCACUACAACAAGAGGUCCACCAUCACCUCCAGGGAAAUCCAGAGCGUCCGGCUGCUGCUGCCCGGGGAGCGCAAGCACGCCGUGUCCGAGGGCACCAAGGCCGUCACCAAGUACACCAGCUCCAAGUAGGAGCGCAUAGAUGCUCCACAUGAGGGGGACAGCAGCCGCUAAAUGUCCACCAAGACGAUGUUCAGACCCCCACCGCUGUGCUGGGUGAUUACCGCAACUAAACUCGUUUGUGAUUUUUGCACCAUUGCUGGAUUUUGAAGAGAAUGAAUCGAACUGAGGCCUUACAUGGAAUGUAUUGAUGCGCUGCAACUGUAGCCUGCCAUUUUGUUUUGUCUAAACGUUUGACUCAGAGCAGAUUUUAACUGAUCAUUAAUGCAUCAGAGAGAUAAUUAUUAAACGGUGGAAGUCUUUCUUUUUUUUGAUUUGCAUCAUUUGAACCCUUAGAUGCAUAAGUGGGUCAGAAAUGACCAGGUGAGGUCGUUUUCUUCCAAUGUCUUUGCCAUGAAAAGUUGUUAUAAUUUCAUAUUCCAGCUAUUCCUCAAAAACAUGUUUUUAAGAUCAGUCCAUUUAAAAUGUUAAGUUACCUUUUUUAUGUCUUUAAAGAAAUUGUAAUAUUUGUAUUACUGCCCCAAGCUCUUUAUCACUGGUAAUGUCAUACAGGAGGUGAUGCACAAACUUGGAGAGGAGCAACAGCUGGAGGAAAAGAGUGGAAAAUGUCAACAAAAUGGAUGCUGACAUUCUUCUAUUGCUGUUCUGUGCGAUAUUCUUCUUUUUCAAUUACCAAAAUGUUCGAAACCUGUUAAAAAGAGAAAAAUAAACACGUUUCAAACAUGAAAUCAUUCUUGUGUGGACAAAAAUGUGAUAAAAACAAGAAUACAAGUGCUUAUUCUUAACCAAAAUGACCAAAAUGGUAUAAAAACACAUUGAUUCUUCUACAUGUCAUUUUUGUCCCACUUAUAGAAGAGUGUUGGGUCUAGUCACUCCUGUGUUUAAGGAUUUAUACUGAUGUGUACACAUGCACUUUAGAAAAUGACCAACAAACUUCACCGUAUGUGAUGGUGCAGCUGAAAACCAUUGUGAGAUUAAAGUUGUGACUUACUA